AUGGCCCCGUCGAGUACAGCCAUCACUGGUCUUCUUCGCCAGGUCGUAUAUUACCACCUCGACAACAACUCCUACGAGAAUGCACUCUUCUUUGCCGAGAAGCUUGCUGCCCAGGACCCGAAAGCGAGCGAGUCCACACAUCUCCUCUCCUUAUGCCAUUUCCGACUCGGCGACCAUCGAUCAGCCUUUGACUUCAGUAGGGCGUCCGCCAACCGGGGAUCCAACCUGGGCACAAUAUGGGUCUUUGCCCAAUCAUGUCUUCACCUGGAGCGCUACCGCGACGGCAUCAGCGUUCUUGAGAAGACACGCGAUCGCUGGGUGAACAAGUCACACCUCGGCAAGCAUACCGCAGUUGCGCGGUCGAUGUGUCCAGACGAGGCUACUGUGCUAUGCUUACUCGGCAAGCUUUACCGCGCAUACGAUGAUCGCAAAAAGGCUGCCGAAUGCUUUGAGAAUGCACUCAAAACUAACCCGUUCAUGUUCGACGCAUUCCAAGCUCUUUGUGAUCUUGGUGUCACCGUCAGGGCAGCCAACAUCUUCCGAGUCAACGAUACUCUCACGCAAGCCUUCACGCAGGACUUGACGGCUGCUUCGGCGGAUCUCAAAGAUAGCUCGGCCGUCAACUUCCUUGAGCCCACGACGAAGAAGGCCUCCGCUCGUAAUGUGAUGGAGGUGGCAGAUCCUUUCGAGCUAUCACGUGUGCCCGGCCACCACGACACAGCAUUCGCACUGAGCGCGGGUCCUGCGGAGUCAGAGGAGAAUGAUUUCAUGUCCAAGAUAACAGCUGCCAGGACACGGCUGGCGCAUCCCUUAGCGGGCAACGGGUCCAUCGACGUCAUGGAAACACCAACCGGCCCUCUACCAGUGGUCGACGCGCAUGCUGUACGCACGGCCUCGAAUUUUGCCGUCAGCGACGUACCACCAGCGGCACCAACCCGUAGGACCAGAACAGCACCUGCGCCGCAAACCGAGGGUGCCUUCAUGGAGGCGCCGCCCCCAAGGAUGGGGUACCGUCUGGGCGCGAAGCGAGCUGUGCGGUCCCAAGACAAGGGCCAGGAGCAGCCCAUUGAGACUCUUCCUGAUCAGCUGAGCGGCCUGUCGCGAUCGUCGGCUGUUGCAGCAGAAAGGAAACGAACGGUAUCCGGCCACCCAGUCGUCUCCAGGCAGCAGUCCGAGGAGCCCGUCACCCGAAGAAGUGCGCGCCUCAACAUGUUCAAGCCGUCAGCCGCCAAGACGAACUCCGGCGCAUCCACUAUCGGUGCCACAGCCACCCGGGAACUGAAGAAGGCUAGGCCCCCUAUCUCCCGGGCAUUCCGUCCCGGAUCUAGUGGCUCCAGCGUGGGCAGAGUUGUUAGCGGCAACCGGAACCCCCGUCAAGAAGAGCAUAGCAUGGAUGUCGACCACGCCGAGACCUCACGUGUUAAAGAGCCUCCCGCUGUCCAAGCAGCUGUCGUCAAGCCGCCCCCCCAAGAGCCGGAUCAUCUCAAGAUGGAGGAGUCUCUGAAGUGGAUCAUGGACCUGCUGAGAAAGACAGGGACCGGGUACUUCGCUGCCUCACAGUUCCGCGGGCACGAUGCAGUGCAGUCUUACAGCAGCUUGCCCAGGAGCCAGCAGGAGACGCCUUGGGUCCUGGCACAAGUAGGAAAAGCUCAUUAUGAGCAAGCGGCGUACGUCGAGGCAGAGAAGUAUUUCAGGAAACUGCGAGUCUUGGCACCUUCGCGGAUGGAAGACAUGGAGGUCUACUCUACAAUCUUGUGGCACCUCAAACGCGAGACUGAUCUCUCGUUUUUGGCUCACGAGCUUAUCGACUCGGAAUGGCUGGCCCCGCAAGCGUGGUGCACGCUAGGAAAUGCAUGGUCCUUGGCAAGAGAGCCGGACCAAGCGUUGCGGUGCUUCAAACGGGCGACUCAGGUUGACCCCAAGUUUGCCUAUGCCUUUACGUUGCAGGGUCACGAGCACGUUGCGAAUGAAGAGUACGAAAAGGCACUGGGAGCGUACCGACAGGCAAUUACUGCCGACCAGCGCCACUACAACGCUUACUACGGCAUGGGCAAGGUGCAUGAGAAGCUAGGCAACUACGACAAGGCUAGGAUCCACUUCCACACGGCGUCCAUGAUCAACCCGACGAAUGCAGUGCUCAUCUGCUGCGUGGGCAGUGUCCUUGAAAAGCAAAAGCAGAUGGGCCUGGCACUCCAGGCCUUCACCAAGGCCACCGAGUUGGCACCACGAGCUGCGCAGACUCGGUACCAAAAAGCUCGAGCUCUGCUGGCUGUCGGCCAGCUUGAAGCCGCGCAAAAGGAACUUUUGAUACUCAAAGAUUUGGCCCCUGACGAGGCAAACGUGCAUUUCCUCUUGGGUAAGAUGUACAUUCGCACUGGCGAGAAGCAGUCGGCCGUGCGGCACUUCACCGUCGCUCUCGCACUGGAUCCGAAGGCAAGCCCACAAGUCAAGGAGGCGAUCGAAAGUAUAGAGGACGAUCAGGGGAUGGAAGACUCCCUCAUGACGUGA